ACACCUCUGGUUUGAGCAGUUCUGCCUCUUCUUCUGACCAUUAGCCCAUCGACUGCUCCGGGACUGUGUUGCGCCUCAUACAAGAAUGAACCUCCUCAGCAUAACUGUGGCUGUGGGAUUGGUGGCUGGGAUAUGGGCUCAGCUGAACGAGCUGCGCCCUCCCUGCGACUCCCCUGAAGUAGAGGAGGCUGCCUUGGUGGCUCGAGAUUUCCUCAAUGCCCGGCACACUCAUUUCUACAAGUAUGAACUGAACAGGAUUGAAGAAAUCAAGGUCUUCCCUGCGCCGGAUGGAAACAACACAUAUGUCCUGGACAUUGAGUUGCUGGAGACAGACUGCCACGUUUUAGACCCCACUCCUGUUGCAAACUGCACGGUCAGGCCCAAAAUGUUGACGGCAAUAGAAGGAGAUUGUGACGUGGUGUUGAAGAGGGUUGCUGGUGUGCUGACCGUCGAUGCAUUUCAGUGCAAAACAGAAGAGUCAAGAGAAGACCACUGCCUUGGCUGUUCCACCCUGCUUCCUCUGAAUCACACAUCGGCGCUGGAGUUUGUCCAAGCAUCUUUGACCAAGCUCAACAACAGGACGGAAAAUAUAACGUACACCGUUCUGGAAGUCGGAAGGAUGUCCUCAAAGAUUGUGGCUGGUGGGCCAAUGUAUGCGGCCGAGUACGUCGUCAUCGAGGCCAACUGCAUCAAUGACACCUGCGUGCCACUCAAUGACACCAUGGCUGCACGUGGAAUGUGCACCGCAGAAGGCUUGGACAUCGAUCCAACUGUGGACUGCAAAAUGUUUUCAACUUUGAUCCCCCUCUUAGAUGCCAACAUCACAGGAGUUGCAGAGCCCGCGUUGCCACCACUAGUUCACGUUCACCUGGGCAGUCUGUCGCCCAAGCAUGGUCUGAGACACCACAAACUGACUGCUCUUCACGAUCCCCUGCUGAGCGGCCUUCUGUCUGCGGAAUCGGCAGAGUCAGCAGAAGUUGUGCCCGUCGCCCCUGCUUUGACGGUCACUGCCGCGCCCGUUGAUCCCGCGCCAACUGCGGCAGAUUCUUCGGCUUCCGAUGCCUCAAGCAGCAUGGAGGUUCCCCUGACCCUGGUGAAGAGAGAUGCACCAGCCCCAUUAGUGGCCGAAGCCCCAGCAGCUCAAGCUGAUCCCGUGUCUUUUGUACAAUUGUGCCCGGGAAGGAUCAGAUUCUUCUGAAGACUGGAGCCAAAAAGACUUUUCUUCACCUCUUCUGCUGCACAAGCCAUAUAGUAACCGAUACAAUGAGUAUGUGCUUUGGUAGAUGCAACUGCAAUACUUUCUAAAAAGAAAUGUUAGCUUGAAAUUGUCAAAUCACAUGCACUGUUAGACAUAUCUUCAAAUGACUAGAAAAUGGAUGACAAAGAAUCUAAAGCUGGUGAAUAAAUGUCAAGUCAUCUCUUGUUUACUUUGCGCUUUCAUAUAUAAAAAAACAAAAAAAACACUGGGGUUAAUGAGGCCGUUCGAUCUUGUGUGAACCAUCUAAACAGGGGCAUAGUAUCAUUGGACGGUUAUUGACUCCAGUGAACCCACUGACAUUGAUACACGAGUCUGGCAGAGGGCUAAAUCUCUGCUAUACACCUAAACAUCUAAAGGUCAGUCAACUUUACAGAACUGACAGUAUUUACAAAGUGCUUUUAGAGUAUACAACAAUGAGCUCAAAAGGAUUCACAAAUCAAUGAA